UCCAGCUUUUCUUCUUGGUGCCUGUUGGAGAUGGUGGUGGUGCAGCAUGCCCAUCCCUGGGCCACCUGCUGGGCUGUGGUUCUGUGCGUAAAAGAGGAGGGGAGUCUGACAGUGAGUCAGUGUGGUGUCACCGUGCAGGAGGAGCUGCUUUUCCCAGACAUCAGCACUAUAACAGUCCCAGCAGAGCGCACCACACCACUACACUACAAUCUGCAUCUGCACGAGCGCACAGCGUUCGCUUCACGAGCACCAACUAACAGAAGAACACGGCAACACGGAUUCAGUACUUCAGAGCUUUUGGACUACAGGACGCAGAGACGCACGCAUAAGGGAGAAUCAACUGACUGGCAUCAUCUCUAUUACCAUGCACCUUAAGAGCCUCUUGCUGGAGCCGUGCCCAACUCUAUGAGACUGAAAGUGACCUGUUCUUCGGCCAAAAAUAACGGUCUCAGCUCCUGCCAAAAGGCUUUUAGUUCCGGUUUUAUUAUUCAACAAUAAGCAUGUUAUCUCUUUUCCGCCUGUAGCCAGACAGGAUUGCACAGUGGGCGGAAUUCAAAAGCAGCUCCGCGCUGUAGAUUUGGACCAUGACUUGGACGAUUUGCAUCACUACAUGUCAAGAAAAUGUUCCUUCAAUCAUGCGUACGGCUUCACAUUUGAGGACAGACGAGAAGUCAUUAACACGGCAAUAAAAAAGCAAACAACUCCUUGUGGAAUUUCACAAGAGGGAGCGGCGCAGACCAUUACAAGUGGCGUCUCUGAGUACCCUCGUAUCAGCGAACAGUUCUAGAAAUUGAUGGAUCUUUAGGCUUGACAAGAUGAUAUUUCGCGAAAAACAUUCUAGAGGACAUUGACAUGCAAUUGGAUUACAAGCGCAUUCUCCCUUCAAGUUCAAAAGUGAACUCGAAACAUGCAAUUUCUCUUCACCUCAUGUUGUCCUACUGCGUCCAUUCGUGAAGAAUGUCAAAACACUUGAGACAAAUUUAUGGCUUAGCCCUGCAGUUUUAUUGCACAGUUGAAAGUGUGUACCCGUACAGCGUACAGGAUGUUUAGUUCCUUUUGUGAAUUUCCUUGUACACAUUUGCUUGUUCUGAGGGCAGAUAGUUAAAAACUCAUCAUUUUGAGGUUCCGUCCUUCAUUGUGAAGAAUCACACCAGGCUUCAUCAACUUCAUCACAUUCCUAAUAGCUGUCAGAUGGAGAAUGAAAUGUAAAUGCACUGAUGCCCUCGCAGAGGGUAGCUAUCUGAGCAACUGACAUUUAAAACCUCCCUCUUUUGCGGACCAUUGAAAGGAAUCUUGUGAGCAGAGAAGUGUGAGUGAAGUGUGUUCAUCCAUCAGACCAUCACCAAAUGCCCGAACAUCGUGAACAGAUGGUUCUUCUUGGAGAGAACAUGACCCCAGGGAUUUCUGCCCAAAACUGCACCAACUGCAGCCAAGUCCUCGUGCCAGAGUUGAACGUCACGAAAGCUGUUGUUUUGGGCAUCGUCCUGGCCAUCUUCAUCGUGUUUGGGGUAAUGGGAAACAUCCUGGUCAUUCUGUCUGUAGCUUGUCACCGCAAUCUGAGAACUGUCACACAUUAUUUCAUCGCAAACCUGGCAGUGGCUGACCUUCUCUUGAGCUCCACCGUGCUUCCUUUCUCUGCUAUCUUUGAAAUGUUGGGCCACUGGGUCUUUGGCAGGGCCUUUUGCGAUGUUUGGGCAGCCAUGGACGUCCUGUGCUGCACAGCAUCCAUUAUGAGCUUGUGUGCGAUUUCUGUAGACCGUUACAUUGGGGUCAGUUAUCCUCUACGCUAUCCAACUAUUGUGACAGAACGCAGAGCAUUGCUGGCACUAAUGGGAGUUUGGGCUCUGUCCAUCACUAUUUCAGUCGGGCCACUCUUUGGCUGGAAGGAGCCGGCGCCUGAGGAUGAGACUGUCUGCAAAAUCACAGAGGAGCCUGGUUAUGCCAUCUUCUCAGCGGUGGGCUCCUUCUAUCUUCCCCUGGUGGUGAUCCUGGUUAUGUAUUGCCGCGUGUACGUCGUGGCCCGCAGGGAGACACGAGGCCUCAGAAAGGGGCAGAAGACUGAAAAGUCUGAUCAUGCGGAAGCGGUGACCUUACGGAUACACCGUGGUAACACUUCAGCUUCAGAGGACGAGGCUUUGAGGAGCCGAACUCACUUUGCCCUCCGACUGCUCAAGUUCUCAAGAGAGAAAAAGGCUGCCAAGACUCUGGGCAUCGUGGUUGGGUGUUUUGUCCUCUGCUGGCUACCGUUCUUUCUGGUGUUGCCCAUUGGCUCCAUCUUCCCAGCCUACAGACCCUCAGACACAGUCUUCAAGAUCACCUUCUGGCUUGGCUACUUCAACAGCUGCAUCAACCCCAUCAUCUACCCCUGCUCCAGCCAGGAGUUCAAGAAAGCCUUCCUGAGCGUGCUGGGCGUGCACUGCCUGCGCCGCACCCCCACGCCCACCCACCACCUCUACCAAGGCCACGCUGCCGGCCACGGCCAGUCGCAGCUCCUCUCCUUGAACCUGGAGAGCCGCCCCUACCCGUCCCGCCUCAGUCACUCCUCCUCCAUGGCCCUGUCCCGCACACCCUCGUCCCGGGACGGCCGGGGGUGGCAGGCGCCGUCCCGGGCCUCCUCAGUGGGGGUGAAUGCCGGGGCUAAAGUGGCUGGCGUGUGCAGUAAAAACCUGUUGAGGACGUGCUGCUGCGUAGGAGCGGAACAGACUCGGACUCAGCCUCCCGGCGGCUCUCUCCCCAUCAUUAAGAUCCAUCAGCUCUCUCUGUGUGAGAACGGGGACGCAGUGUAGGCUGUGGAGUGUGAAGUACCUUCUGUCCCACCAUAAAUAUUCAAUGAAUACAUGCACAGAAUAUUUUCAAAAAUACGAUAGCUGAUCUUAAGUGUAUCCUUUAAUGCUCAGCAUAAUAUACAUUUGGAUUAUUAUGUGAUUUUAGGUUAUAAUAACAAUUAUAAUAUUCAAAAUUCUGUAUUUAAUACAGAGUGAAUUAUGAGUAUGUGAAGUAUAUUAUGUUAAAUAAUUAAGAUAUCUCCUUUUCUAUUAAUUAACACAUACAUGGUAUUAACUGAACGUUUACAAUAAGCUAUGCCAACUCAUGUUUAUAUAAGUUUUAAAUGCUUUUUUCCAUCACUGGUGAUAAAUGUGACUUUUUAGAGUUGUUUUUCACAGUAUGUGCCUAUUUACCUGUUUAAAGAAAGAGGAAAAUCAGUAAGUCACAUGAUAACAAAGAAACAACCUUAAUAACAGCACUAUAAUUAUUAUUAUUUUUUUUUUAUUUCUAAUUUUUACACAGCCAAUUACCCAACCCACUCAUUAGGACUCCCCCUAUCAGUAGUGAUGCCCCAACACCAGGCCACCACCUUUUUUCGAACUGCUACUGAAGCAGCAUAGCCGUGUAGCAGCACAGCGCACUUGGAGGAAAGCGAAGCGACUCAUUUUUUAAUACAUCAGCUCACAGACUUCUUUGAAGAGCACCAUAUACACACCCGGAGAGAGCAAGGCCAAUUGUGCCCUCUCAGGGCUCCGGUAGCCGAUGGCAAGCUACAUGAACAGGAUUCGAACUUGUGAUCUCCUGAUCAUAGUGGCAGCACUUUAGACCGCUGGACCACUCAGAGCCCAAAAAACAGCACUAUUAGAGAAGUACUGGUACGAUUGCUUUAUACAGAAAAGUGUUGCUUCAACAUACCGGUUACUGCCUAUAUGGAAAUUAUAGUUGUAAUAAGCCUAUUUUGAGUACAUUAUUUCCCUGGUCUUACAAAAAAAAAAAAAAAACUCAUUUUCAAAAGCUCCACCUAUUCAGCCUACCACAGUUUAGCCACUUCAUACUGCAGCCCAGGGGUGUAGCUAGCCCUUUUUAGGGCUGCUCAAAACAAAAAUAUUGCAGUCUCCCCUUGCUACACAAAUGGUAUGAUCCAUUUUUGUCUCUCCAUGCUGCUAUUCACUAAUUAAUGUUACAGAAUAAUAGAAGAGAUGAGACGAGAUGAGGUGAUAUUUCACUCCCAAUGUGUGUGUGUGUGUUGCUUCCUACUUUUAUCUAUUUAAAUUAGUCCAGGUAAUGAACAGUGCAGCAGUGAGGGGAAUGUUUAAUAAAAAUACAUAACAAUGUGUUCUUGUGCCCAACAGUUUUAUCUUCUGGUGCUGGGUUUGAUGGGGACCCAGCAACUCUAAAACUCUAAAAGAGUCCUGAAGUCACCCCUGCUGCAGUUCUCAGGAGUGUAUUAGCUUUGAGUCAGAUCAAAUCAAAUCAAAUUUAUUUGUAUAGCGCUUUUUACAACUGGUGUUGGCACAAAGCAGCUUUACAGAAAACAUGAUCACAGGACAAACAAUCAGGCAAAACAUUAAACAUAGAAAAUACAGAAUACAGAACCCCCAAUGAGCGCUUAUAGAAUACUUAUGGAUUGAGACGCAAAAUAAGAGUUUAAGCAAUCAGAACAGAGUUUGUUCCUCAGUUUGCAUUCAAUCUUAAAUAAUAUAAUGCAGCCUGUUUAAUUCUAAACGGUUUAAAAAAUGUACAAUUGAGUUUUUUGGAACAUAAAAUCACUUGAAAAUCACAAGUGGACCUUAAGGAAACAAUGUUAUGCAAGACAAAUGUAGGAUAUGGGUGCUUAAAAAUAUUCUGUGCAUAUCUUCUGGGAAAUGUUAUGGUGUAAUUAAAAGGCUACUCUGUCUUGUUUGGGGAGACAAACAAUCCAGGCUCCUCAGAUGCUCGGAUUGUGCUCGGUGCCAAUUUGUAAGACAAUGUGACGGCCACGCGGAAUUGAUAUGGAAAUGCAUAAACACCGAAAAGCCUCUGAGUGUGACUAGUCCGCUAUCAAGAUCAACAGCGGCGGCAAACAUUGGCAACCGUUCAAUGGAGACGAGGCUGUUCACUCAUUCAGAGAGGAAGCGUACAAUGCACGUCAGUGUUGUUCAGACAAAGAGGCUGUGGGACCACACUGUGUAUCCAGGGACAGGGAUAUGGGUAUACUAUCAAUCAGUUUGAUUGACAGGCGGUUCACAUCAGCUUUGCACAUUUGCACAAAAAAAAAGACUUAAGAAAAUAAUUGUCAUUUUUGGUGUAAAGAUUUACACUUGCCUGAAAUGAUACAUGUGUACUGUUUAAAAAUUUGUAACAAUUGUAUAAUGAACAGGUAUGCCUAUGAAUUGCUGUGCUAAGUACUGAAAAUAACCUUUUUUUCGAUUUUUACAGUAAAAGAUAAAGCAAAACCAGGUUUUUAUACCUUACCUCACUUCACCUCAUAUUUCAUGUUGUUGGACGCACAAAAAAAAAGAAAAGGACUUGAACAGAACCGCAGCUCGUCUUUGAUUGAUGUGCAUGAAAAUUAUAUAUUGCUCAUAACAUAUAUUGCUAUAUAUGGACAUUUAACAUAACAUGGGACAAAAAACUGUAUUUGGACCACAGCCUGGGAUACGCACAAGCAUUCACAUGAUAUGGAUAACUCUUAUUGUAAGGGUAUUCUAAUGUAGGAGUAUCUUUCUAUGAACGAGACCAAAUUACAUUUAAUUAUUUUUUUUUUUUUCAUUUCAUCACGUUCCAAGACUGAUUGUUAAUUAAAUGUUUUAUUGGUGAAUGAGAUAAAUGUAAUCAUAAACAUAAACUGUCACA